GCAGAACGCAGGUGCUUAUCUCCGGGCUGUCACAGACAUACUGUGUCAUAUUCCUGGGGACUACCUUUCAAAAGCUACCGGCUCCAGCGCUACAGCAUCAACCGAGCAGGAACAGCACAGAACCUGCAGCUAACUUUCAGCUUCAGUGAAGCAGAGCAUGAAUGUCACACCCACGUCUUAGAAAAGCUGAAGAAAAGUGUGUGCAGUAAACGGAGCGGCCCGCAGGGACCUUUCAAAACAUCUUAUUCAUUACAGGGUGAAGAAAUAAAGAUGGAGUCUGACAGUGAAGAGAAUCGAAGUGAAACAUGUGAUAGUGCGAUUCUGCCUGACUGCAUUGCUGAGGCUCCCAGUUUGCAUCUCGGAGCGGGUAAAAAGCGAGCGGCCGCGGAAGGAGCCCGUGGGGUGCCAGUCAACAAGAGGAAAUCUCUCCUGAUGAAGCCCCGGCACUACAGUCCCAGCCCCUGCCCCAGCGAGGGGGAUGACGAGGAGGACCUGGCAAGCGCUCUGGACAAAGACGCGCCCAGGAACACUGACACUCCAGCAGAUGAGGACCUCAAUGGUGAUGAUGUCCUAGAAGACACUAUCUAUCACAAUGCAAAGUCCCACCCCUUGUUGUCAUGGUCAGAACAAACGAGCGAGGGUUCACCAGACCUGGUGGCUCAAAUGUCUGAACACCAAAACAAGCAAGAGGAGGAAGAGAGUCUAGAUUUUGAAGACAAAAACCAGGAGGACAUCAGAGUCGGUUAUCCCCUGUCCCCAGACCAAGAAUUAGAUGAUGAAGAAUGGAGCAGUCCUCGAUCCUUGACGAAGGUCAACAGCAUCCAUCACAGCCCCAGUUCACCUGCAGAUGAUGGCCUUAUAAAGAGACUUCAACUAGGGCACCAAAUCCACGAAGAUGCCCUUUCUGCAUACAUAAACAGAAACAAUGCAGGGUCAAUGAUGGAGGAGUUUGGUUGUCCAAGGGAGUUCAGUGAUAGUGAGGAGGAGCUCCAGAUGCCCAGGAUAGAGGAGCGAGGAGGUGUCUGGGGUCCAGGUCUGGUGACAAGUCGUUUGGAACUGGACAGGGCCAGACUAAACCUCAGUCUUCUAGAACAGGCCAUGAUGCUGCAGUCUGAACAUAGACAGGUCUUCCACAGUGCCUACAAAGACAUGGACCGCUUUCUUCUGGAGCAGAUAAACCAUGAAAGAAGGCAGCAGAGGAUACUGGAGAUAGACACCAGGACCAUGUACCACAGCAGCAAAGACUCUCCUCGGAUGGAAAAGAAAGACAUUAAAUGUCCGACCCCGGGCUGUGAUGGGACGGGUCAUGUGACAGGUCUCUACCCACAUCACCGGAGUCUAUCAGGAUGUCCUCACAAAGUCAGAGUGCCCCCAGAGAUACUUGCCAUGCACGAAAAUGUUCUGAAGUGCCCGACCCCUGGCUGUACGGGAAGAGGCCAUGUCAAUAGUAACCGGAGCACGCACAGAAGUCUCUCUGGCUGCCCAAUAGCUGCUGCAGAAAAGAUCUCAAAACCGCUAGAGGAUCCCACGAAAUGCAGAGAGACAGCAGAGAGAAUGGCUAGACCUUUAGGAAAUUUGAAGAAAUUUGACUUCACCUACAGAUUUGCACAUCCCAUGGCAGCGUUACAGGCCAGUAUGGCCAAAGACAUGGACAAGUACAGCAAAGGCCAUUUCGACUAUGCCAGUUUUGACGCCCAGGUCUUUGGCAAACAAGCCCAGAUGGCAUCAGACCAGAACCACAAAUCUUUACAUUUUCCUGACUCCUCUGCUCAGUUCCCCUGUUUUCUUGGUCCUGGUGGUCAUUUAGUCAUGGCCGGAGACUACAGCCCUAAUUGCCAUAAACCCCAAAGCAACACCCUUCAGUCCAACAUUGCAUCUGCAGCCAUCCUCAACCUCUCCACUCGUUGCCGAGACAACAGCAAGGCCCUGCCCCCCGCUCGGCCCCUGGCAUCAUCCACAAAGGACACCCUCAUUGAGGUAGAUGAAAACGGAACACUGGAUUUAAGCAUGAAAAAGAAGAGAGAGAAAGCGCGGGACUCUCCUGUGAUGCCAGCAUUAGGAGACGCUCUCUUUACCUCACCUGAACCUUCGUUGGCCAAAGCAGCGGGUAUCCAGAUCUCUCCGGCCAUCUACCGUGUCCUCUAUGAACAGGACGCCUGGGGCACACCAUUAAAUUACAGCAAAAUACCCAUCCAACACGACAAAGAGGUGGGUCCAUUGGAGAAGGCAUCACUCGAGGACAAAGCAUACAAUGGGGAUGUGAACAUUACAAAAAACAAGAUGCUCAUAAGAGAUGCCAAGAAAGAGCUAAUGAGUUGUCCGACUCCAGGAUGUGAUGGUAGUGGUCAUGUGACAGGGAAUUAUGCAUCACAUAGAAGUGUGUCUGGGUGCCCAUUGGCUGAUAAGACCCUGAAGUCUCUAAUGGCUGCCAAUUCUCAAGAACUAAAGUGCCCAACUCCAGGCUGUGAUGGCUCAGGUCAUGUAACAGGAAACUAUGCGUCUCAUCGAAGUCUGUCAGGCUGCCCUCGUGCCAGGAAAGGAGGCUUGAAGCUCACGCCAAGCAAGGAGGACAAAGAAGAGCCAGAGACGAAGUGCCCAGUGGCAGGUUGUGAUGGACAGGGCCACGUGUCAGGCAAAUACACAUCGCAUCGCAGUGCGGGAAGCUGCCCCAUCGCCACCAAGCAGCAGAAGGAGAGUUCCAUGAACGAAUCGGCCUUCUCCUGGAAGGUCUGUAAGCAGGACCUGCCACACUGCCCCCUGCCUGGCUGCAAUGGGUUGGGUCAUGCCAACAAUGUCUUCAUUACACACAGGAGUUUGUCAGGAUGUCCCUUAAAUGCCCAGGGUAUUAAGAAAAAACUCUCAGAUGAAGAGAUGAUGACCAUCAAACUGAAAACCAGCAGUGGUAUUGAAAACAAUGAAGACAUGCAGCAUUUGGAUGAUGAAAUAAAAGAACUAAAUGAAUCAAAUCUGAAGAUAGAAGCAGACAUGAUGCAGCUUCAAACACAGAUUUCAUCCAUGGAGUGUAACUUGAAGACUAUAGAGGAAGAGAAUAAAAUAAUCGAACAGCACAACGACAGUCUGUUGAAGGAGUUAGCGCGUCUUAGUCAAGCACUUAUCAACAGUCUCACAGAUAUACAGCUGCCACAAAUGGGUCCGAUUAAUGAACAGAAUUUCGAAGCUUAUGUGAAUACAUUGACGGAUAUGUACAACAAUUCCGAGCACGAGUAUUCACCGGAAUGCAAAGCCUUAUUGGACAGCAUCAGAAAAGCCAUAAAGGGUAUUCAUGUAUAAGGCCAAACACUCUUUCCAAACAGUUUGAUCAUCUGUGGAGGGCUGGCUUUGUGAUCUGUGCAAGAAAUGUCUCGUUUGAAAAAACAAAAAACAAAAACAAAGAAUAUCUCCGUUCCAUGACAAAUUCAUUGCACUGAAAAAUACCAGCCACAUUUUUCUAAUGCUAAAUGUUUUCACUUGAUAUGUUCUUUUAAGUGAGAUUUUACCUCCUUUUGCACUUAUUUAUUUCCUAUGGUUUGCUUGACUUAAUUUCGUAUUUGUUAUUUUGUGUAUUAUUAUAGUAUUGCUACAUAUUAUCUUUAUUCAUUGGUACUAUUUAUCGCACAUAAUCUUAUUUAUUUAUUUAUUUAUUUAUUGAAAUCAUAAUUAUUGCAUUUUUUUGCUGCAACUCCAAAAUGCAAGGCCAAUCUUACAUAUUGUACAUUUUAUUUCGAGUUUAUUUGCAUUUGUUGUUCAAUAACUGAGAGUUUUAACUGUUCAAAAUAUUUCACCUGCAUUUGUGAUUACUUUUUAUGAAGAACUGAUGUCAAAUGUAAGAAUUGUCCACUUGCGCCACCUGUUGGUGAGCAUCUGUUAUUGGUCAAUAAGAGCAGUAUACACCUAGAAGUUAUUUUUUAAUUUAUUUAUUUUUAAAUGUGUCGUAAGCCCUUAAUUAAUUCACACAUGUCAUAAUUUUUUUUUAAUCUUAAAUUUGUGUUCUAAUUGCUGAUCAAAAGAAAAUAUUUUAUCUGAACUCUCCAAACGACUGUACAGUGACACUUGACUAGAGCAAAAAUCACAUCAUCAGCGUUAGGCUACAGAAGAAAAAAAAAUAAUGAUAAUUUAUUACCUUUUCUGUUCAUAUGAACUGCCUUUGGUGUGCACAUCCGUGUGUGCAUAUAUGUGCCUAAAUGUAAAUGAGUACCUGAAAUAUGAUAUGUUUUGUGGUAGAGCAGUAUUACGUGAAUGGUGAUUCAUUUUACUCUGCAGUCUAUUUAUUUUCUAAAUGAAAAUCAGCCUCUAACUCUGUUUACCUACUGUUUAUACGCCAUUUGAAGUA